CCUUCCUCCUCCCGCAAUUGCAGCCUGCACACGUCUUCGGGGCGGGAGAGGCAGGGAAGGAAGAACCGCGCGAGGACAGAGGGAGCGAGCUGGAAAUACGAUCCCAGCAGCAACUUUUCCACCAGCAACAAGGCUGAGUGAGUGGAAGCGCCGCCGCCGCCGCCGCCGCCGAGACCCAUAGUUGGGGGGCAACCAGGAGGCAAGAAGAUGUGUCCGUGGCCCGCACUCCUCCGGCUGCUGCCCAUCAUCACCGUGGCACUGAGCGCCCUCCCGCAGCCCGGCUCCACCACCACCUCCCAGUUCAGCCCUGAGGCCUGGCUGCAGCAAUAUGGCUACCUGCCCCCCGGAGACCUCCGCACACACACCCAGCGCUCUCCUCAGUCGUUCUCAGCCGCCAUUGCUGCAAUGCAGAGGUUCUACGGGCUCCAGGUGACGGGCACAGCUGACGCUGAGACUCUGAAGGCCAUGAAGAAGCCCCGCUGUGGCGUCCCGGAUAAAUUCGGAGCAGAGAUCAAAGCCAAUGUACGCCGGAGACGCUACGCCAUCCAGGGGCUGAAGUGGCAACAGACUGACCUUAGCUUUUGCAUCCAGAACUAUACGCCCAAGGUGGGCGAGCACGCCACUUUCACUGCAAUCCGGCGUGCUUUCAGCGUGUGGCAGUCGGUAACACCACUGCGUUUCCGAGAGGUGCCCUACUCGGCUGUGCGUGAGGGCCGUGAACCCCAGGCUGACAUCAUGAUCUUCUUCGCCGAGGGUUUCCAUGGCGACAGCACACCCUUCGACGGCGAGGGAGGCUUUCUGGCCCAUGCCUAUUUCCCGGGCCCUCACAUUGGCGGUGACACUCACUUUGAUGCUGCUGAGCCCUGGACGUCACGCAAUGAUGACCUGAGUGGAAAUGACAUUUUCCUUGUGGCCGUGCAUGAACUCGGCCAUGCCCUGGGUCUGGAACACUCAAAUGACCCAUCCGCCAUCAUGGCACCUUUCUACCAGUGGAUGGACACAGAAAACUUUGAAUUGCCUGAGGAUGACCGGCGUGGCAUUCAGCAGCUGUAUGGGUCUCAAAGCGGCCACCCCAGUCAACCUUCGCAGAUCCCCCCCACAACCAGGAAACCCCACGUUCCUGAUCGGCCACCCCACAACCCACCAUACGGCCCCAACAUCUGUAAUGGUAGAUUUGACACCAUUGCUGUGCUAAGGGGCGAAAUGUUUGUCUUCAAGGACAAAUGGUUUUGGCGAGUCCGGAAUAAUCGUGUGAUGGAAGGCUACCCUCUCCCGAUUGGCCAGUUCUGGGUUGGCCUCCCUGCGACCAUUAAUACAGCCUAUGAGAGGAAAGAUGGGAAAUUUGUCUUCUUUAAAGGAGACAAGCACUGGGUCUUCAAUGAAGCCACUUUGGAACCGGGAUACCCCAAGCACAUAAAGGAACUGGGCAGAGGGCUUCCUACGGACCGGAUUGAUGCCGCACUUUUCUGGAUGCCGAGUGGAAAAACGUAUUUCUUCCGGGGAAAUAAAUAUUAUCGCUUCAGUGAGGAGACCCGAUCAGUCGACGCAGAUUACCCCAAGAACAUUGAUGUCUGGGGUGGGAUCCCUGAAUCACCUCGUGGGGCCUUUAUGGGCAGCGACGAGGCUUUCACCUAUUUUUACAAGGGGGACCGUUACUGGAAGUUCAACAACGAGAAGCUGAAGGUGGAGCCGGGAUACCCCAAGUCAGUACUUCGGGACUGGAUGGGAUGUAGUUCAGGUGGCCGCCAGGACGAGGGGGAAGAGGUGAUCAUCAUUGAGGUGGACAAUGCCGACGAAGGGGAGGUGAAUGCAGCCGCCGUGGUGCUGCCCAUCUUGCUGCUUCUCACGGUCAUUGCCUUGGGGGUCGCCCUGUUCUUCUUCAAACGCUACGGCACGCCCAAACGGUUGCUGUACUGCCAGCGCUCCCUGCUGGACAAGGUCUGACAGGGGCGGGUGCUCGACGUGGGCUGGGGGCGCAGGGCACUCCUCUCUCCCGCCGUUGGCCACAACCUCUCCUCCCUCCUCCUGCGCUCCUUUCUUGACCUCCCUUCUGGUUGCCAUGCUCUUUCGGUUGUGUCGGGCUGCCUUCCCUGCAGCCACGUUUCCUCUUUCUUUCCCCGCCUGCCUUCCUUUUGGCCCUGGCCUUGCUCCCGCCACGUUCCAUCCUCCUUUCUUCAAUGCGUCCUGCCCUCCACCUUCUGCUCCCCUUUCCCACCAUCUUUUCCUUCUGCAGCAGCUCACCUCCCCCUGCUCCCUCCUUCCCGACUUCACACCCUCCACUCUCUGCGUUUCCCCCGGUUUCCAAACAGAGAGUGUGCUGAGCGCACUCAUUCAUGCCACCCAAGGAGGCAAAAGCAGACCUCUCUCCGUGCCGAUUUUGGCUCAGCUGGCCCCACUGCAGCCUUCCCGCUGCAGGGCACCCCUUGACCUUGCGGGAAAAGGAGACUUCGUGUUGACCUGUCAGCUUGCAAAGUAGCAGGGUAAGCCAACACUGUGAACACCCACCUUGGCCCUGGCAGGAUCAGGGGUUAAAUUAUCGGGAUGAGAACCCUCUGUCUGAAACAUCAGUCACAAGAACUGCCCCUCCCCAACUAAAUAUUCUCUUUGUGCUCUUGUAUAUAUAUCUCCCGUUUCUCCGGGGACAAAUGGAUAUUACUGGUGAGCAUGAAAUUGGAAGCCCUUCAUUAGCUUGUUGAAGAAUGAGAGUGGGGCAGGGUAGGGCAGAUCUAAGAAGGUGUGGCUUCGGGUAAGGAUGCCUAUUGGGGGCCUGUGGGGGAGGAGUUACAUAUUUUUGCCUAGCAGUGGGCGGAGCUAUAUAGAUGAAAGAGGGAAACUGCAGCAUUCCAAUAGGGGCAGGGAUGUAGCUGUUAUAGCAUUCCAAAGGGAACAAUAUCAUUCUAAUGGGCAUGGCUUGAAAAAGGGAGGGAGGGGCCACGGCUGACCAAUAGAGGCGCUGAUGUAGAUUACCUGGUAGGGCAGGGGUGGCCAACCUGAUGCUCUCCGGCAGCUGGGAAUGAUGGGAGUUUUAUCCAACAGCAGCUGGGGAGCCUCAGGUUGGCCACUCCUACAAUAGGGAGUAGAAGGGAGGGCAGUUGGUGGAACACAAUGGGUGGAGCCUAAAAUGUGGGGGUGUGGCAUUACUGCCCCUUCCUCUUAAGGGUGGGAGGGACCUCUUAAAGGGCCAGCCCUGGUCUGGGGGCCAGGGGGAAAGCAGGGGUUCCUCCCAUGCUUGAAGGGGGAAAUGGGCCCUUGGUCCCCUGAAUGCAGUAGAGAAUGGGGCACAUUUGAGCACAGGAGAGAAGGGAGGAAGGAAGGAUAGUUGUCUUGGUCUGGAGGAGGAGAAGGUGGUAUAGAUGGUGGAAUGAGAUGAAAGCAGCAACAUAUUUUGGCAGCAUGGCUUGCAUAAAGUGCAAGCAUAUACCUGCAUAAAAGUUUACAAUGGUAACUUCUAAUCUGUUCUGGAUUUUCCAAACCAAAACCCCCCCAGCAAAUUGCCAAAACAUCAAAAAAGAAGAAUACAGAAGCCUUACACCAACAGUUGCCUCCAAUUGCCUUAUCCUUCUUUCUUAGGGAAAUUUGACUUUAAUGUUUUGUUUUUGGGGGAGUUGAAUAUGUAAUUUUUUAAUUAUUCUAUAGAAAAUAAAUGUCUUUUUAAAAAAUGGGAUAAAACUAGUGCAUUAACAGGGUGGGAAGAAAAUAGAACAGGGGUGGGAGGUGAGCCCCAAAAUCCUGCAGGUCGGGAAUGGGGGGUCUAAACUCUCCCUCCUGUUCAGACCAUUUUUAAUUGGGGUGGCGGGUCGAUGCUAGGGUUUUUUGUUUUCAAAUGGUCUCCAAACGGAAUUAAACUGUGUUUAACGAUACAUUUGUGUUUGUGGGUGGGUUUUAAUAUUGUUUGUUGUUCCACUUUAUUAUUAUUGUUAUUAUUAUUAUUAUUGUGCUAUUAAUAAUAAACACCCAUUCUUUGGCAGGGGGAUAUACACGUUGCUAGGAAGCCUGUAGGCUGUUCAAUUUUGUUAUUCCUUUAAUGUUUAGCAAUAAAAACCCCAUUUCUGGGUGGAAAUGGACUCAAAAUGCUGGGAGUUUUUAAAGUUUUUUUUUUUUAAGUUUCCCACACAAGUUGUUCAUUGCUAUUUUGUUAUUAAAAAGAAUCGAAAAAUAAUUUUUUUUAAAAAAACCCACAAUAAUAAAUGCUGGAAUUUCCCCCCCUUUUGAUAGUA